AUGGAGAAACGAGUGGAAAGAGAAACCUCUCUCGAACUUCCUGAAGAACUAAUCGAAGAAAUCUUAUACUAUUUGCCAGCCAAAAACCUGUUGAGAUUAAAGUGCGUUUCGAAAUCGUGGAAUUCUUUGAUCUCCAGCAACAGCUUCAUCAAAGAGCACGCCAAGAAAUCGAGCACCAACGGAAAUCUUGACCGUAGUAAGGUGAUGUUAAACUACGAUGACUCUCGUAAGAGAGCCAAAUAUAUGCGUGCAUUAUGCCAACCGGGAAUUCUCGUGUCGUGUCCUAUUCAGAAAUUUUUACAUAACGAGGAUCCCGUCGCCGCGGCUCUUGAUAGUCAUCACAUGAAAAAAUUGGGUUACGAUAUUCAAAUCGAGGACGUUCGGAUAUUGGGAUCGUGUAACGGGUUGAUACUCAUCAGCAUCAAUGAUUGGAGAUAUUUAUUUCUAUGGAAUCCUUUUACUAGAAAGAUGAGGAAUAUUCCACACGUCUCUUGUUUUGCAGGAUCGGAAUUUUCUACUUGGACUGCACCACCUUUUACGUACUCGUUGGGGUACGAUGAGUACGCGGACGAUUACAAGGUUGUUUGCAUAAUUAGUGAUUAUGCGAAACCCUAUCAUACACAUAUCUAUAGUUCCAAAAAUAACACUUGGAAGAAAAUCGAAAGUUUCGACAAGGGUGAUUUGUUGCUAAACAAUAGUGGCAAGUUUGUGAACGGGAAGCUGCAUUGGCUGGCUGCGCAAGAUGACGGGGUUUACGAGAUUUUUUCUCUUGAUUUGAGGAAGGAGAAAUAUGAAAUUGUGGCUCGGCCAGAAAGCUUUUCGAAAUAUGUUCGACCGUUUUUCAGAAAUAUGGGAGGCUAUCUUGGUUUGAUUACUUUAAGUAGUAGCGUCGACGAUAUUAAUGUUUGGGUUAUGAUGAAGUACGGGGUGAGAGAAUCUUGGACUAAGAUUUGGACGUUUUCGUAUUUGGAAUAUUCGAAGACGGAAAUUUGUGGGGUGUCGCCAUUGUGUUUGAAGAAGAAUGGAGAUAUCAUAAUCGCUUUUGAAAAUAAUGUGGUUGUUUAUAAUGGAAGAAACGAGUUGCGGAAGUCCCGAGUUGAAAUGCUUGACGGUGUAAUCGACUCGGUUGUUUAUGUAGAAACCCUCGUUUCACGAUUCGGUGAUGAAGAACUUGGCCAAUGAUCAUCAUCAACAUAGCUAGUAGGGUUCAUAUAUAGGAUUUGAUUUCAAUUUAGUUUUGGAUAUUAAUAUGAUGCUUUUAUUUUUUCAUAUUGAAUAUAAAUAUAUUUUCCUCUAAUUGUGAGUUUUUUAUGUUCUUUUUAUUCGUAUUUAAAUUAUAAAUAAUGUAUAUAA